CUUGGUUUCCUCAUUUUCCUAUUGCUACACAAUUCCUAAAUAUGCCCACUAUCACCUCGCCAUUUACUCCCGUGAUGACGUCAUGCUUGAGCACUAAACUUUCACACCCGACCCCUGAGGCUACCACCACGAGACUGGUCGCUGCUAGAGCCAGAGCGAGAGCGCCCAAGCUCGUGGUGAGAGCCUUUGCAAAGGGCCUGGCGGCAGCCACAGCGGCACUCACAGUGAGUGCAGCUGUGGCCGGCAACGCCAUGGCCAUUCAGAUCACUCUUGGCAGUGACGACGGGGGGCUAGUUUUCGCCCCCCAGAACUUUGAAGUGGCGGCGGGCGAAAAGAUCAUCUUCUUCAACAACGCUGGAUACCCUCACAACGUGGUGUUCGACGAAGAUGAAGUUCCGGCGGGGGUCGACGCGACGAAGAUAUCGAUGCCAGAAGAGGAGCUGCUGAAUGCGAAAGGAGAUACAUACGAAGUCACUUUGACAGAGAAAGGGACAUACUCUUUCUACUGCGCUCCUCAUCAAGGAGCUGGUAUGGUUGGAAAAGUUACUGUCAAGUAACUCAUUCAAUGUUAGUUUAUAGUUCAUGUAAUUAUUUAAAUUACUCGAACCAAUAUGCUAUUUGAUUUAUAUAGAGUAAUCAAGAAUUUGUUUUAGUUAAAGCAAUUGCAAAAUGAAAUGAUGAUAUUUUGUUACAAA